AUGCUACCGUCUGCAGCUGAGUUGAUUGCGCACUACCUGAGAACUAAUGGCUUCACCGAAACUCUGACGAGCUUUGUAAAAGAGGCAGGCUUACCUUCGGAUGUCGGUAUCACUGCUGAUGAGAAAGUCACUAUUGAGACGAUUUUGCAAGAGAAGAAGACCUUUGAUCUCAGCCUCAAUUUUGAGAAGCUGGGUACGAACGAUGCAGACCGAGAGUGGACCGAGAGGGCGCCGGUAACGCCGAACACCAUCAGCACUCUACCCAACCGUUCCAACAUACUCAGCGUAAAUGUACUGCAUCUGUCGCUAUCAGCAACAGAGGUUCGACCAUAUAUUGCAGUAACUACGGCAGACAGGCAACUCCAUCUCGUAGACCCAAGCACGCCAAACUUCGACCUGGUACAUUCUUACUCUAGCCUCCAAGAUUCACCGACUCUGGAUGUUGUUUCCAUUGGCUCACGAUACUUGUUGGUGGCUUCCAUGUCAGGCAAACUGACCCUGUUUGAUCUCUCACGUGGGUCAAUUGUAGAUCAACGUCAUGAUCAUACAAAAUACCUGGUGAAAUUAGCCGUUCAUUCGAAUGGGAGCUCUGUGAUGGUAGCUAGUGCGGGCUGGGAUUCCAAGGUUUUCUUCUACAAUAUUGAUAUCACUGUUGAUAAUCCACGACUUACACUUCUCACAAGUCUGGUUCUUCCGAGCAUUCCAGAGACAAUUGUGUUCAUCGAAGCGCUGGAUAGCGACCACCUGAUCUUGUUGGUCGCCAGGAGGGAUUCGACAUUUCUGCACUACUAUUCGGUAGACGCUUCAGAUGAGUCGGGCGUGACACUGCUGGGACAGCAAAAUUUGGCGCCACACUCCAAUGCGUGGGUUGCAUUCACACCCGCAGACGUUCAGGUCUGCCCUAAAGAUCCACACUUGGUAGCGGUUGCUACAAGUUCUACUCCACACAUGAGGCUACUUGUGGUGAAGCUUCUACUUCCGCUCUCGUCUCAACGACCUUCAUCAGGACAUGUUGGUCUCAUAUCGGAUGAUGUCCUUGAGCCCAGCACACAGGCCUCGCAAGCACGCGCAGAGUUAGCCAUCGCUAAUCGUGAGGAGCGCGCUAUCUUGGUGAACACGAACACGUUAGCUCCUCAGACACCAUACUCCACGCCUCGGAUUGUGUGGCGUCCCGACGCAUCUGGUGUCUACGUAAGCUCAGAUGAUGGCGUCAUCAGAGGCAUAGAAGCUAAAAGUGGAAAACUUGUUGCUUCUUUGAAGGCUCACGAACCUGGGUCAAAGAUCCGCUGUCUAUGGGCAGGGCACAUCACGACAGAUAACGUGGACGCUGAGAGCAGCGAGUACCUCGUCAGUGGCGGUUUUGACCAAAAGCUGAUCCUCUGGCGGGUUUCAGCCUGA